CAGCUGUCUCGUGUAGGUAGACCCACACGAAAACAAGAUUGACAAGAACACACUGCGAAGGGCAGGAAGGCUUUCUUCCUAAAUUAAUCGCUUUCCUUACUGCGCAGUCAUUACUUCACACUUGCAGUCUUGAACUAAAGAUAAAAAUCUACCGAUCGCUGGUAGUUGUUUCUCUUUAAUUUAUUUUCUUCAAUAUUACGACAUCAGGAAGGAUUAUAAUUUGGGAGAUGGCUAAUAGGUUGUUUACGAGUAACUCGAUGAAAGGAACUUUAGGCAAAGGAAUUCGUAGUUUACAGACUAGAGAGUACUCGAGUCACGGCUGGAGGCGAAAAAACACUUAUGUUCAACAGUUACUGUUUGGUAACACGACUAUUGAAAAACACACUGUUUGGCCUGAUCCGCAUUUGGGUUGUUUGGGACCGAAAGAUCAACGUCUUGGAUUCCCCGGCAAUAUUGGUCUUGACAAAGCACUUUUGCCAACAGAACCACCCCCCACUCCUGACAGACUGAAGGCUGACAAAGAGGAACUUGAGAAUCAAGCAAAGUUUUGGAAAAGCCUUUUAGGAACGCACACGAACCAUCAACAUCAGAUCGAUAUUGUAAAUCAGGACGACGAAAACGAUUGCAGAGACUCUGAGGAAAUGGAGUCUAUUGGCCGAAAGUUGAUGGGCAUAAAUGAAAAUUUAGAAUGUAUAGCCCAAGUUUGCCCUGAUUUACUACGCAGAGAAUUGGCUGGAUUAUUCACUAAUGUAAAUAUGACUGAGGGACCCUUGACCGUUAUUACGUUCUGUCAACGCACAAAUCAUGAUAUGACGAGUUGGUCUCCAAGUGUUGAAGAAGAACGUGAAGCACUUACAGAAAAGUUUAUCAGAGCCGCCAAAGACGUUUGUGAUAAACUUCGACAGAAGGCUCAAAUAUGGGCCGAUUUUAUUGAACCUUGCUCUGGAAGACCGUACUAUUCAUCAUUUACAAAUCUCACAUUUUUUGAAACGGAUGAACGAUAUCGCCAUUUAGGGUUUAGAAUUUCAGAUUUGGGCUGUUGCAAAGUCAUUGCUCAUCAUAAAUGGGGAACUCACGCCUUUGUAGGAACAAUUUUUACGUCGGCGCCGCACGAUUGUGAACAUCUCCAACAAAUUGUAGAACGGUGCAACAGGGCGGAUGCGGCAGUAGCAGUCAAUUAAACAACACUGAUUGAAUGAUCGAGUGUUUUUAGUAUUCUAUUCAUGAAUAAUGCAGUACCUGCUCUGGGAGAAAUGAUCAACACUAACCAACAAAUGCUAACGUUAGCAUGAACCAUUCUCGAAAUUAAUUGUAUUUCAAAACGGAUUACAUAAAUAAAUUGAUCUUUUUUGCUGAUA